AUGUCACUCAAAGUCCCUCAGGCCAACUCCCUUCCGAUCUUCAAGGACGGGUACAAACACCUUCAAGGACUUGAUGAAGCCAUCCUACGAAACAUACAAGCAGUUACAGAGCUUUCUGACCUUGUCAGGACAAGUUUUGGCCCCAAUGGCCGCAACAAACUCAUAAUCAACCACCUGGGCAAGUUAUUCGUAACCUCCGAUGCUGCCACGAUCAUCCGUGAAAUCGAGGUCGUGCACCCAGCAGCCAAGCUUCUGGUAAUGGCCUCGCAAGCGCAAGAAAUCGAGAUGGGCGACGCGACGAAUCUGGUCAUCAUCCUGGCGGGGGAGCUUCUGAAGAAAGCAGAAAACUUAUUGCUCAUGGGCCUCAAACCAACCGACAUCAUUCCCGGAUACGAGCUUGCGGCACAACGGGCAUUAGCGGAACUGGAAAAAAUCUCGACCUUUAGCGUACCAUCACCCAUUACCCAAACAGCACUUGCCGCAGCGCUCAAACCCGCAAUCGCGUCAAAGCAAUAUGGAUUUGAGGACCCCCUGUCAGCACUCAUCGCGGAAGCUGCGUUGGCUGUUAUGCCCACAAAUCCAAGCAAUUUCAACGUCGACAACGUCCGAGUGGUCAAGAUCAUGGGCGGCAGUUUGGCAGGGAGCCGUGUUGUUCAGGGAAUGGUGUUUGGUCGGGAGCCCGAAGGCACCGUCAAGCAUGCAAAGAAGGCCAAGGUGGCCGUGUUUACCUCGGCGCUUGACAUUGCUCAGACAGAGACCAAAGGAACGGUGCUCAUAAAAAAUGCGGAGGAGAUGCUCAACUUUACCACCGGUGAAGAGAAACAUCUUGAGAUGGCAAGUUAUACUUUUCAUCGUAUUAUCUCACAAAUUGCCUCCUCUGGUGUCUCCGUAAUCGUAGGCGGAUCUUCAAUGUCCGACCUCGUUUUGCAUUACCUCAAUCGACACAACAUCGCCGUGCUGAAGGUGCUCUCCAAGUUUGAGCUGCGACGGCUAUGCCGUGUUGUCAACGCCACACCGUUAGCGCGGAUGGGCCCACCGACACCAGAAGAAAUGGGCUAUGUCGAUGUCUUCGAGACCAUUGAGAUUGGCGGUGACCGAGUGACGGUCCUACGCCAGCUGGUUGAUGGGGAUGUUGGCUACGACCCAACGACCGCUGGGCGGACAGAGAAAACGAGGACGGCAACCAUAGUUCUUCGUGGCGCAACAGCCAACAGACUGGACGAUCUGGAAAGGGCGGUCGACGACGGAGUAAACGUGCUCAAGGCGUUGUUGAAGGACGGCAGAAUGGUCGCUGGUGCUGGGGCAACGGAGCUUGAGCUCGCACGGAGGGUUGACACCUAUGGCGCUGGUAUUCGGGGGCUGAGUCAGCAUGGCGUUCAGACAUUUGCCAAUGCACUCGAAUGUGUGCCGAGGAUAUUGGCCGAGAAUGCCCUGGGAGGCGCAGUAGGGAAUGAAGUUCUCAGUAGGUUGUGGGCUAAGCAUGAGGCCGAUGGUGGGGCUGCUUGGGGUGUUGAUGUACAGAACGAGACAGACGGAACCCUUGACGCGUCUGCCCACAAAAUUUACGACUCCCUGGCGUCUAAAUCGUGGGCGAUCCGACUUGCGACGGAGGCAGCCUGCGGUGUUUUGAACGUGGACAGUAUUAUCAUGAGCAAACCGGCAGGCGGGCCAAAAAUACCACAACAAGCCAACAACUGGGAUAACGACGACUAG